AUGGAUGACCCGCCCCCGCCCGUUGCGCCCGUCCUUGACGAACAAAAAUACCGAACAGAUGUCCUCCACCUCGACUCGGCAGACGCAGAACAAGCGCGGGCGCAACAACUUGCCGACGAAGCGCGCACUCUCGGCCUGAAAGUUCCUGACAUCGAAGCUGCGGCUCCGCUGGCCGCCUCGAUCGCCUCAGGAAUGGUCGAUCUUUCCUCGCCAGUCCUCUCAUCAGGCUCAUCGACUGAUCGGAAUUCCCUCGCCGAUGGCUCCGUCACCCCCUCCUACGAACCUUCCUCUCCGUCCCCGCUCGAUCAAGUCGUCUCCUCCCCGUCCUCAAUCACAAUUGCCUCUGAGCGCGCGAAGCCUGGCAGUACGCGCUCGCUCGCUUCGCUCUCCACGAGGCCGACCUCGUAUUGUUCCAGCGAGAGCCGGACGCUCCCCGGCGCCUAUGCGUAUGGUAAAAAUGCGGAUAGUUUGUCGGUUCCCGUGAAUCGCAUGUCAAUGCUCAGCGUUGCGUCGGCGGACAAGAAAGAGAAACGAAGAAGUAGCAUUAAGAAUGCCAUUGGACGGAUCCAGUUUCGCAGGAAGCGGCCCUCUAGCGCCCUGCUCCCGCCGGAUUCACAAGUUCUAGUCUCAAAGGGCGACACGGGCGUGGACCAUGUAUACCUCGAGCAAAAGAAACAGGCACCAACAAGCAACGACGUGCUCCCCCGUCCGCCAACAUCAGAAUCUCUCGCGAAAUUGGAGGUCCCUCUCUUCGAUCAGGAAUCGCUGCAGAGAAGCUUGGAUGACCCAGAGCUUAGCGAGAUGUUAGAGCGACAUCGAUUGGAGAAGGACAGACAUAUGGCAUUCCAAGAUGCCGCCCUCAGCAUUGCGCGGCAAAGACAUCAGACCGCCAUUUCGGACCGGUAUUCAGACAACGAGCGUCUGGAGGAAGAGAAGCGUGUUAAGAACACAGCUGCCGCCAGUCGACUAGAGGAGCGCCAACUCGCCAUCGAAAUGGAACAGCAGCGGGAAUUUGAACGCGCGAAAAUGAACUCGCGCACUCGCAUCAAGCAUAUGGAGGGUUAUUUCCGAAAUGCCAGUCCCCCGCCUUCGCCUUCCCCCAGCCUAAGCACAGCGCAACAAUCUUCCGAGUCGAUGAUCUCCGAGACAAACGGGACCCCGCCAGCCCGCCGCAUCACGCAGCAACAGAAAGAGCAGCUCGAGCAGCAAUACCACGCGCACGAGUCAAUGGACGCCCUCCACGAAGCCCGCAUCAAGGUCCUCCGAGACCGGCAGGAAAUGAAAUUAUCGGACGCUAUUGAGCGGAUGGAGCGCGAACUGGACACGCUGUGCGAGCAGAAUAUCAAGAAUAUCAAAACUUUGCAGGUUGAGCAUCGGGACGAGGAAACGGCUGUUAUCAAAGCGUUGGAUUCGAAAAAAUUGGAGCUGCAGCGUCGUUGGCAUUUGGAAGAAGCUAUUUUGCGCCACGGGCUUGAACAAAGAAAUGGGCUUGUCUACGGACCCCUGCCGGUGAUCUCUUUCAGCGUUGCUGUUGCUGUUGCUGAUGAUUCUGAGGCCGAGGCUAAGGCUGACAGCCCGGAAUGUGCUAUUUCUGUUUCGGAGGCUUCGUCUGUUGCUGCUGGGCAGAUUUAG